AUGAAUGCAACAAAACAAGAGUCAUCCUUGUGGAGUCUUCUUCCUAUGCCUUACCUGGGUCCCAUGUCUUUACCUCUCCUGUCAUCUCUUUCUAAAGCUUUCCAGGAAGAGGCAAGAAAACAGGCAAGUGCCUUUGAAAAGUCUUCAGCUGCCUUGUCAGUGGAACCAGUCUACAAUGACCACCAAUGGUAUCCAAGUCUUUUGCAGAAGAUGUGUAUGCCUGUUAUGAGGGGUCCUGAGAGCAAUCAUGGUUUUGCCAGCUUUGAAGAGAAGAGUAAUUAUUUCCUUGAAUUCUACCUAUUCACCCCUCCAUUAGGGGCAGAUUACCCCUUAUUUCCACACCAGGAUGGUGUGCCUUUACUAGAUCCCUGCUCAGGUUCUGUGAGUCCAGCAGCAGGUGCUGAGCAGCAGCCCAGUGUUGGAAGAGCUAUUGAAUCCCUGGCAGACUGCAGCAAUAGAAAACUUCACCACAUCCCCAUCACAGGUGAGAGAGCCCAGCCUGACCACGGGAGCCUCCUGGAGGAAACCAGCCAGGACAGAAAGUGGAAGUCCAGGAGGUGCCAGUCAGUAAAUUCUUAUGAGAAUUCUAAUGCUGAAAAAGCCCAAAACAACUCUGAAGCAUACAAAGAAAUUCCUUGGGAUAAAUACAAGGGAUAAAUACAGCCUCCAAAAUCAACAGAGGAGAUGUUGGCUGAUCUUGUUUCCCAGUGUGUCACAAAAAGAAGAAAUAAUCCCAAACCUAAAAUAAGCCAGGUUGUUGGAGGAUUCUGGGACAGAUUGCAAACAAAUCUUUUACCUCUCCACAGAGAUUUGGUGAUUUAUAAAUUUCAGGUUUUAAUUUUGGAGCAUGCAGUGUAUGGUUCAGCUGCCUCCACCAGAUGUCUUAUAAAUAAUGUACAUAUCUUUGAUUUACUUUCUAUCUGCUGUGUUGGUGCAGUAAAUUUUGAAGAGAGUGCUGGUGUAGACUUGGACCCACUUAACCAUGUUCAAACUUCAAAGCCUUCCUACUCAAGCACUGCACACACUCCAAAUAUUCCUGGAUACACUGGCAAGGUUCAUUGGUCAGCAACUCACCCAGCAAAUUCUAAUCUUCCAUCAACAGCCCCAUCAGUAAUUGCAGGAAUGCAUGGGCUUCUCCAGGUUUUUAAGAAUGAGCAGUUUGGUUUUAGUCAGAGGACAGAUGACAUCCCCUACACCUGUGCAGAGCUGGGACCAGACCACCUGGGAUUUCUCUGGGAGAUCUGA